AUGCAGUUCACCAAAAUCGCUUCCAUCCUCGCCAUGGCCUCUGCUGCCAUCGCUGCUCCUGCUCCCGGCAACUACGAGAUCGAGCCUCGCACUGGUGGUGGCAACAACCAGCCUUCCUGCUCUGCUCAGAGCCAGCAGGUUUGCUGCAACGGUCUCCUCAGCUGCGCUGUCCAGGUUCUCGGCAGCGACUGCAGCAACAACGCCUACUGCUGCGAGACCGAUGCCCCCGUUGGCGCUCUCGUCAACGUAGCUCUCCUCAACUGUGUCAAGCUUCUCUAA